CGCCGACACCUUCGUAAGCAGCAUAUUGAAUGCGCUGGAUCGACGAGACAUUGGGAAUCGCGAUUGUGCCUCGUCUGUGGUGCAAAAAUCAUCGGGCGUUUUAACCGAUAUUGCAUUUCACUUGCUAUCAAUUCAAGAACUGUACCGAUGUGAUGUUGCCUUCAACGGUGGCUUCAAUAUCGUAGAAAUUAGCAAUUUGCAAAAUUGGAAAAACCAUUCAAUCUCUCUCAGCCACACCGCGAACGGUCAAUUUAAGAUUGUCCGGCACACUCUGCCCGAUCAGGUCACCACAGAAGCGUUCAAACGCCAGGCAACGCUAGAACGGCAGAUGCAAAUUUUUGUCGAUUUUCUCGAUCGGCUAGAUGAGUUCUACAACAAUCUCAGCACGAUUGAUGAACUAUGCUACGUCGUUUAUCCCAUUCAUAUUGACACAAAGACCUCUUGGCGCAUUUUCAAGUACGAUCAAAAGGUGUUCCUUAAAAUUGUGCUGCACCCACUGCAGCCCUCGUCGAUAGACAUCACGUUCAUUGGACCCUCGAGACUUGUGUCUGAAUUGCGCGAAAAGUACAAUGAAAAGCAAGAUGAAUGGGACACAGAAACGAAUAUUUAUACGAACUUGCUCCGAAUUUGCGACAUCAUUUCUUUCCCCAUGCGACCGAUGCAACACGCCGGGCCAGCUGAGGACGGAGACGCCUGUGGUAUUUGUAUGGCGUACAGGGAUCCGGAAAAUCGCAUUCCAUUCAUUUCAUGUGACAAUGAAAAAUGUUCACUUAUUUUUCAUGUUUCCUGCCUAAAAGAGUGGUUCUGUUCACAGAAGGAAACCAAACAAUUUUUCACUAUCUCGAUCGGAAACUGUCCGUACUGCAAGCAAAAAAUAUCCUCCAGUUUCGAUGACCUUAUAUUAAUGUCUGUAUGAUUAAAUAAAGGAAACAACUCCUUUUUCAAAGCACGCCUUAUGCUAUAA